AUGAGACCCGAGUUGGCCGGUCCGGUCACAGUCCAGGCCGUCCACCCACAAGGUCAACAAGUGUCAAGCACGAGUCAGCUGAAAGUCGCAACACCUGUGACGCUAGCACCGAUGACGGCAGAGACCGUUCAACCGAUUGAAGAGUUUCAGGCUGUGCCCGAAGACCAAAUGCGCUUCACGGAAACAGAAGCGCCCGAAAUGCAACCAAAGCCUGAGGAGUACAAAAUCGCUCCGCAAUUUGUCCAAACUCUACCCAGCACAGUCACGCCAGCGAUUGGCGCCACGGUGGCGUUGGAAGUUAUUGUGACAGGACAGCCACAACCAGAUGUCCAAUGGACAGUGAGCUCUCCGCAGACGUCCAGUAGGUGUGAGAUCGUGCCAGCCGAGGAAGUCGAUCAGGUGACCACACACCACCAAUUGUUGAUUCAUGACGUCAAAACAGACGAUUACAGAACGACCGUACAAGUGGUGGCCACGUCGGAGAUUGGUCAGGCAACGUCUGUGUGCCAGUUAGAGGCGCCCGCUGAAAGACUCGAAUUCACCAAGACUCUGAGCCCAGAGCUCGAGGUUGCCGAGGCCACACCUGUGUUAUUGGAGUGCGCGGUGCAACCUACACCUACUCCAGUGGACUUCAACUGGUAG